AUGUCGUACGACGGCACCCCCGACGUUUUGUUCAAUUCACAAGGCGAUGACUUGCCUGAGGCAUCGAGCAUCUUCCAGGAUCUAGAUGUGGAGUCGCGUCACCACAACUUGCCAUCUGGCAACCCAAACGAGGCGGACCUCCCCUUGGUUUCUGACGGUAAACUCACCAGAGAUGCCCCCUUCUUCUCAUGGCAACGAGACUCAGCUAACGGCGUUGUAGGAACCUUGGGCUCUGAUACGGGAGCUCAACCGCGAAGAGCCCGCGUUGUUCAUUUGCCUCAGCCGGCGAAUCCCCCUACAGCGGCACCAGCAGAGGCAGUUGAGACAUCGGAAUCGGAAAUCCCUUUUUUAUAUCAGGGCUGGUCGGAAGGAGAGAUAGCGGAGGAGCUUCUGACCCCCGAGACGUUCUAUUGGUGGAAGGCUCGCGACGCCAUGGCGGAAAGGGGACUGCUUCCUGAUAUCCCGAUCAUUUAUCCCGCUGGCGCGCGACAGCAUCAAACUGCGCCCAGUUCUGCGGCCGACAAACGGACCCUCAGAUGGGAAGACCUCAGCUUGGGCGUACGAUGGAUCAUCCUUCUACGGCUGAGUGAGAAGCGCCCGUUUUCCGCUGUCAUCAUCUGGCAGCUUGAUCUUUCCAAGAACCAGGUUCAUGAUUUCGUCACCAGCUACGUCAACUUUUGCGAUCAGUGGAACGCGUUCGAGCACAGCGUCGCGGAUAGGGUCAAGGCCUUUGGAGGACAUUCCGAGCAGCAAGACAUGCUGUGCGCUGAAUGGAUUCAUCAACACCGCCCGCUGAUGCCGCACGACCGCAUCACUCAGGACGAUGUUGAAAUGGGCCUGCUCUUCCUUUCCGAGCGCGGCAUUGUCAACCAUAACGUCGAUCUCCAGGCAUGGGUCGAUGAGAAAGAGCCCAAGGACUUUGCUCGCAUUCAGAUUGACGUUCCCGCCUUGAAGGAUUGUAUGGAUUACCGACUUCUCCGGCGCGUUGCAGUCGCCAGGCUGGUGAAUCCUGAGGUGAUUGAGAAUGCCAUCAUACAGCAAGGGAGGGAGAAACGCCACAAUGAGUGUAGUGCUCGCAGAAGCGGUGAAGGCGAACCUGUGAAUGAUGCCGGUGAGAUUUCCCCUGAAGCACAAGCCGUUCUGGACACCAUAUCGAGAGGCCCGCGUAUUGGCGAGCCCAUGCCCAUGCCGAUCCCACGCUAUCAGAGGGAACAGAAGGCAGAUGAGGCCUACAAGGCUUUGAAACGGAUGGUUCCAGAGCUGCAACCUCAGUAUGCCCCGGGAGGAUUGGCCAAGACUCAGUGGGAGAUUGACAAUGGGUAUCCUAGUGGAUAUAGCUGGGAAUACACUCCUCUUCAUCACGCAGAAGAUGCAGCCGACAUGGAGUCCAAUCCCCUUCCUGAAGAAUUGACUGCGCAAAACCCUUCUCGUCUCGCCGCCAUACGACAGGGGAUUGCCAAGCGACAAGCCGCCAGAGCUGCUGGCCUAUCUGUCGAGACGCCUGUCAAUUCCCCAGGCAAGCAAUCGCCUGAGCAGGCUCAAAGGUACGAACAAUCUCCCCCCAUCCAAUCAAGUGCUGCACCGCUUCACCAUAACGUGCCAAGGUCUCGUAUCGGAACUGCUCAAGAGCGCUUCAUGACAAGCAAUAAGAAGGGGCAACUCAUGGUUGGCUUCGCGGCAGUGACUGGACAACAAGUCCCCCAGAACCCUGGCUUUACCAGACCGUUUGCUGAACUAGCAUGUUGUAGCCAACCUGAGGCGCCGGGAGCAGCAGCAGUGGAAGAAGAACCCGAACAAAGGCUUCCAGAUGCGACGUCCGCGCAAGACCUUGAGCAUGACAGUGCCAAUGCCAAUGCCAAUGUUGUGUUGGAGAGAAGCAAGCGAAAGCGUCGGCCUAGUGCCCGUGCUCGCGAAUCUUUGCAAUAUGAUUUGGAGAUGGGACAGUGUGCUGAAACUAGUUCCGAGAAGCUCCAAGGGAAGAAAGCGAGGUCGUCCAAGCCAAAAAGAAGGCAAGCAGCCGGCGAAGCCAAGGGCUCCCAAGACGCCAAAGGUGCCCAAGACGCCCAAGGCGGGCUCGAGCCAACGCAAGAAGCCGACGCCCAAGAAGAAGCAGCAAGAGGAAGAGCAACUGAAACAAGAGGAGCAACAAGAGGAGCAGAAAGAGUUGUAACGAGGUCUCGGGUUCGAACGCGAGGUAGCUUGGCUCGUUCAUAUUCUGCUGCACAGAGACCGUCGCUGCCCGCCGUGAUUGAAGUACCGAGACUGGAAGAAGACGAAGGAGAAGAAGAAGAGUGUCACUGCGUUGUGCAAAAGCCGGACCAACCCGGAGCAGAGACUUCGACUACUCGAGAUAUCCGACAGAGGCCGUGUAAAAGACUGAACUGCAAGAUUCGAAAGCUGGAGAACUAUUUUGGAAUGUUUAGAGGGGAACUGAUCAACGCACGCCCACCACCCGUUUCUGCGGCUGAAUGGGCUUGGGUUGCAGACGAUGCUGGAUUUGUCAUCGAAGCUGUGCAGGCUUGCUAUGCUCUAAGUGCGGAUCGGAUCAAUACCGAGUUGUUGGUCCCGCGGCAACACCAGAUGGAUCGAGAUACGGCUCAUGCGAUUAUUGUGUCAAAGGGUGUCGAGUAUACAAGAAUCGAACACGCACAUCGAUCGGAGAAUGGACCGGUUGCUGAGAGGGCCGAGUUUGCGGGGGUUGCUGAGACGGCGACUUUUGCGAUGCAUGCUGUUGAAGCUUCGGUUGCUUUUGGGGAGGGUUGGGAUGUUGACGAGACGGAUGACGAGUCUGAGGAGCAGCAACCGCCAGCACCGGCAACUACUGGGACGAUUUGA